AUGCAAGAACGAUCUUUGGUUUCCUUGCUCAUCACUCAAGAGAACGAGAGAAACAAGCAACAAGCCAAGAAGAAAAAGAUUAAAGCCCUGACCGAGGAAAUUUCCUCUAAAAUACAACAAAUUAAUUUAUUGAUGGAGGAUGAAUGUGAUGAGCAAUUUUGUUUGGAUGAUGAUGAUGGAAACACUUCUGAUGAUGGAGAAAUUAUUAAAUUAAAGACUAGUCUUUUAAAUUGGAAGAAAUCUGUAAAUAGUAAACUUGAACAAGAUCCUAAAGGAUUGGCCAUAGUCGGUGGUGAAAAUUAUUACCAAGCUAGAGAUACAAUAUUCGAAUUGGAUGAAUGUAGAAUGAUUUUGAGAAAGGAAGUUAUUAGAGCAAUUUUUAAAAAAGUACCACCAGAAUUGCUCCGUAAUAUUUUCCUGUUUAUAGAUCCUAUUGAUAUCUAUCAAUCUGUAAGUCAGGUUUCAAGAGAAUGGUUGACCAUUUGUGAGAAUUUGCAAUUUUCUGCGAAUUUGGUUCAGAAAAUUCCAGUUUUAAGAUUGAACUUGAAAAAAUUUUGUGAUUCUCCACUAGUUGGACGAACCUUGACUAAACUAGAUCUUUCAUACAAUGAUAUCCAUAAUGAAGACAUUAAAGCAAUUACACAGAGCAAGGAGUUAAAAAAUCUUACUUCACUAAUUCUAUGCAACGAAUCAUUGACUGCCAAGGGUGCCGAAUACAUUGCCAAGAGUAAAAUCUUGUCAAAUCUAACUGAACUAGAUUUGGAUUUUAAUUAUUUAGACGAUGAAGGAGUAGAGUAUAUCGCAAAUAGUCAUUAUAUGUCCAAGUUGACUUCUUUGAAAGUUGGUGAUAGUGGAUUAACUUCUCAAUCCAUUAGUGCGGUUUGUUCAAAGCUCAAACUGAAAACAUUUGGAGUUUAUCUUAAUGAAUGUUUGUCCGAGGGUAUAAAGCCAAUAUGUGAAAGUUCAAAAUUGUCUAAGCUCACUGAUCUUAGCAUUGGAUGUAAUAUUAUUGAAGACAAGGGCAUGAAAAUUUUUGUGAACAGUAAUAACAUUGCAAAUCUUACCAGACUUGACGUUUCAUGCAAUAUAAUGACAGAUAUAAGUUUGAUUUUGUUAUCUAACUGUAAUAAGCUAUCUAAUUUGACCGAUUUAGACAUUGGUGAAAAUGAUUUUACUAUCAAAGGAAUGAAAUCAUUUUGUGAAAGCAAGUAUAUUACAAAGUUAGUCACUUUGAAAGCUAAGGACUUGAAGUUUGGAAAUGCUGGUAUGCUGAUGUUGGGCUCCUCUUCUAAUAUGAAAAACCUGACACAUUUGAGCUUGCAAUCAAAUGCAUUGACUGAAGAUGGACUGAAAGUAUUCUCUCAAUCAAAAACAUUUGAAAACCUGAAGUAUCUUGAUAUGUAUGGUAAUCCUUGCAGUUCGGGAAUAAGACAUAUUUUACAAUCCAAAUUUUUACCCAAUUUGACCUAUCUGAAUGCCUCAUCAUGUUCCAUUGGCAAUGAUAUUUUAUCCAAGCAUUUCAACUCUAUAGAACUUCCUAAACUCAAAACAUUAGAAUUGGAACUUAAUAAGAUUUCAUCAGAGGGAGUCAAAUUUAUUGCCAAACACAAGAAAUUAUCCAAAGUAGAUAGAAUAUAUCUUGGAAAUAAUUCGUUAGAUCCAAAAUAUGAAAGAUUUUUCUCCAUGUAUCCUUUCAUUCGUAUGGAUAGAAAUUGGGAUGUUGUUAUAUAG